UUGGCCUGUCUGCUUUCCUUGAAUAAAACAUCUUUCUCUGACAGUGAUUUUUUUCUACCUAUCUGCCAUGCCUUUUACUCUCUUCCUCUUCAUCUAAACCUCCCUGUUUUCUUCAGGCAUUAGCCAAUUCUCUUCAGCAAAAAUCUUUCCCAUUUCUCCUUAAUCUUAAUGCCUAUUCUCUGAAAGUUCCUAUAUAUUCUGUAAAUAUUUUGUAUAAGCAUGUUUUCUUUGCAUGUUGUCUCCCUCUUAGACUGCAAGUUUCAGGAGAACAGUUUUUUUUUUCCUUUUUCUUUUUAUCAUCAUCAGUAUAGUACAUAGCAUGUGUAGAUAAUUACUAAAUACUUGUUCAUUUGAUAUGACAAGUUAGUAGGUGUCAGGGUCAUAAUGGGAGUUAAAAGGGAAAAUGGAAAGGUGAGUGUGCCUCUAUUUUUUCCCUCAGAUCAGUGGAAGUUCUCAUCCUAACUCAGUUGUGGGCUAGAAAUCUUCAUUAAGAAGGGUAAUUUUGGAAGUCUUAGGUGAAUCUAAGUAGUUUUUGGUUUUGUCUGCAAAAUAGGGCAGGACUCAAAAGUCAACUGCCCAUUAGUUGAGAAUAUUUUGUCAUGCCUCAGGAAUGUGACCUAAGCAGUCUGACUCAAUAAAAGACUAAUAACCACGGCCUAAAGCAUCAUUAACUUAGGCAAUAGUAAGAAACAAAGAUAAGGCAGUUUUAGUGGAGAGCAAUGUCAGGAUGACAGACAGCUUAGGUAGAGAAGAAUAAUAGAUGGCAAAAAUGUAACAGAUGAUGCCUGCAAAUAUAAGAAUGAGUAGCUACAUCAAGUGAGUUCAAGGACCAGAUCAAGGAGCUGGGAUCCAUUAAGACUCAGAGAUCAUCAUUUCUAAGAGAUAAGAGUCAUGAGAACUCAGUCCAGAGAGAUUUCCUCAUCUGGGAUAUGACAGAAAACAUUGUGUCGAUUACAUCAAGUCCUAAUACGUGGCAAAAUUUCUUGGAGAUUUGUAAUAAAAAAAAAAUUGGCUUAUCUAUGCAUAUGGAAGACCAAAUGAAUGAAGGAUGUCAAUGUCUCAGAUUACAACAUGCAUCUGAAUGGAAAUCUUAUAUACCAAGAUGAAGACAGCCACCAAUAUCUAUAUUUUCAAUCUAGCCCUGGCAGAUGCCCUAGCAACCAGCACACUGCCCUUCCAGAGUGUCAACUACUUGAUGGGCACCUGGCCCUUUGGCACCAUCCUCUGUAAGAUUGUAAUCUCCAUAGACUACUAUAAUAUGUUCACCAGCAUCUUUACUCUCUGCACCAUGAGUGUCGAUCGCUAUAUUGCUGUCUGCCACCCUGUCAAGGCCCUGGAUUUCCGUACUCCUCGAAAUGCCAAAAUUGUUAAUAUCUGCAACUGGAUACUUUCCUCAGCCAUAGGUCUGCCAGUCAUGUUCAUGGCAACAACAAAAUACAGGCAAGGUUCCAUUGAUUGUACACUUACAUUUUCCCAUCCAACUUGGUACUGGGAAAACCUGCUGAAGAUCUGUGUUUUCAUCUUUGCCUUCAUCAUGCCCGUCCUCAUUAUCACUGUGUGUUAUGGCCUGAUGAUCUUACGCCUUAAGAGUGUCCGGAUGCUGUCUGGUUCCAAAGAGAAGGACAGAAACCUGAGAAGAAUUACCAGAAUGGUGUUGGUGGUAGUGGCAGUGUUCAUAGUCUGCUGGACCCCGAUUCACAUCUAUGUCAUCAUCAAAGCUUUGGUCACCAUUCCUGAAACUACUUUCCAAACUGUUUCCUGGCACUUCUGCAUUGCUCUAGGGUAUACAAACAGCUGCCUCAAUCCAGUUCUUUAUGCAUUCCUGGAUGAAAACUUCAAGAGAUGUUUCCGAGAGUUCUGCAUUCCCACAUCCUCCACCAUCGAGCAACAAAAUUCAACUCGAAUUCGCCAAAACACUCGGGACCACCCUUCCACUGCCAACACUGUGGAUAGGACAAACCAUCAGCUAGAAAACUUGGAAGCUGAAACCGCUCCACUGCCAUAACAAGGUCUUCUGCUCAAGGUCAAAGCAAAUAGACACCAGCACCACUGUCUGAGCAGGUUGCAUUGAGAAGGGACUGGUGUCUAGAAAGGAAAUGUCUGCUUCCUGAGGCAUCAGACUUUCUGUUCAUCUCUGACAACUUUUCUUUAUACAUCUGAAGGGUAUUUAACCUGUGGCAAGCAAUCAGAAGGAAGGGGACAGGCUGCUUAGCCUUGUAAGAAAGUAAACAUAGUCAUGAAGAUUAGACCCAGUAGGGCUAAACCAUGCUGUGGUAUGUGAAUUAUGGUCAACUCAACAAAUGAUUCUAACGCCUGUAUAUAGUCCUUAAUCUUCAUAUAAAUAUGUGUGACCACAUCAAUGAAAAUGCCAUUCAUUAGUGUAUCUACCACAGUAACGUGUAUGGUGAAAGCUACCUCUGAGCAUCAAAGUACCUUUUUGUAGAAAGGCCAAAUCUUAUUAAUGUUUGAUGAACAAAACAUAUAUAUGUACAUACACAUACACAUACAUAUAUAUGUAUGUCUUGGAUAUUGACUAAAGAUGAGCUUUUAGUUAGUGCCAGGAUUUUUGUUUGUUUUGGAUUUUUUUGGUCUAUUAUUUUAUUGUUGUUUCCCCUCACUGGAUUCUCCCAUCAAAGUAUAGCUCUAUGAUUGCACCAGAAGGAGAGGAGCACACAACUGGCAAUCUGGAAAAGGACAAUGUGUCAGCAGCAGAAAGGUAAAUUCUCGGGUGCAUUCAAAGCACUCAUCUUUUUCAUAAGAGCCAUAAUGAGUAUUUUUCCACUCUUACCCUUAUGGCAAUUUUGCUUCCCAAUUGUGCAAUCAUCUCUCUCCCAUGCAAGUAUACUCAAAAGGCCUAUCAUCAAACUUAUCACUUUGUCUGUGAAUGUAACCAACCAUUACAGUGCAUUCUUCUCAGCAUUGUUUUCCAAAUUGUCUCCUGCAUAUAUUAUUUUCUUUUUUUUUUUUACUCAGCUCAGAACAUUUAUGCCUUUUUUCUAUCAGUGUUUUAAAAUGACAGUGGUUCUCUUAACUGUGCAUUGGUUGCCAGAGCACUUUAUAUUUUUCAAAGUGAGUACUGAUCAGCUAGGGUAGGAUACAAGAUGCAAAAUUCUGCUAAUCCCAGAGACAAUCGGUGACCAUUUGGUCACAUCUGUGUAGGUGCCAAAUGUGGAACGGUGAUUGCAGUAGGGCUAAAAAUAUCUGGUAACCAGAGACAUUGCCAUGAAGGCUAUGCCCUGUAAAAUAGUAUAACCUGUAAAAUAGUGUAAUGUUUUAGUUUCCUUGAUCUUUGGUGUGUUUUGUGUCUCACUUUAGAAAAAAAAAUCAUUAUGUAUGUAGAAACCUCCCAAAAAUAUUGCGUUCUUAGACUCUUACAUAGCACAAGGCCAAGUGGAGAUUUGGAAAUUGCCCAUUUCAUUUCUUCUAUGUAGAAUCCAAAUCAGAUCAUUCCUGCCAAAAGAUAAUCCACAUUGGAGCCUUUGUCGACAUUGAUCAAGUGGACCAGAUAAAUCUUAGCUCUAUGUGAAGGCAAAGCCUGAGGGAAUAAUGCUGUCUGGCUUCCCCAAAGAAAAUGUUCAGCAUUGGAAGUCCAGAUCUUUAAGUCAUUGCUCCUGACUGGAGACUUGUCAACGACCUGGACUAAAGCUUCCCUGAGACUGCCAGAAGUAGUAUCUUUAAUUGAAUGUGACUAAUCUAACAAGACUUGUCCACAAAUUUGGAAUCUAGACUACUGAUUUCAUGAAGACAAUGGUAGUGAAUUUGAUGGUAUAAGAUCUGGUAGAAUGCUUGUGCACAUUCAUGUUCACAGAUUAUGAAAGUGUAUAUUAGGUAAGGAAAAUCAAGUCUAGAUGUGUGCCUUAAUGAUUCCUUCUGACAAGAAUUGCCACCUUUGCUUCAAAACUUACAUGGAGCAAGAUCAAUGGCCUGGCAUCUCUCAACCUGUCUAUUCUGGAAUAAAUGUGCAUUCUUCUGAGGAUUUUUAUUUUUAAUAUCAGAAUAAUUCAAAUGCUAUUUUUAAACGAAGAAUGAGAAAAAUAUACAUGUAUGCAUGUAUAGAUACAUAUACACAUAUACAUAUUGCAAGUAAGCAACUUUUUCGUAGCAACCAAUAAAGUGACUAAUUUUCCUGAACUAUCUUGAUAUCAGUGCUUCAAGACUUAGAAUUUCAUUAAUAUAGUUAUUCCCUCUACUGAUAUAGAUUGUGAUCUUUAUUGAGGAAAUACCCCUGAAUUAUCAGUGUUUCAGAAAAUUGACUUUAUUCUUAAUAUAUUUAAGUCUCUAUAGGCUAUGCAAGGUUAAGGACACCAGAACAAUAACCUAAGCUGAACAAUACAAUAGGAUUUUAAAAAUUCUCAUUCAUGAUGUGGUGUGAUGUUUAAUGAAUUGAUGUUUCUAAAGAAAAUACAUCAUUUUGUCUUUGUUCUUACUUCACAGUCAACCUAUUAUCAUAAUGGUCACAGCAGAAAAUGGCUAAGAGCAAAUUUUGACCUCAAAAUGAAAGCAUCUGGAAAUUUUGUUUAGAACCUGGGGUUGAGAGGAGGAAGGUGCAUUUUAUUGUUUACUCUUACUCAGUCUCUACCACAACUUUGUCCCUGUUACUAUCCCCUUACCCAACAUCACUGACUAUACCAAGGCAAAAAAGUUGGAGGCUAUGCCAUUCUCCCAAGACUAAGUUCCCAAAAGAGGACCUUGCUUAGUUCUUAUUCUCAACUCUUUAUAAGAAUAAGUACCAUUUGGCUUUCCAUGAUUGCCUACUUCUGCCAUACAGAGAGGGAUACAAAAAUACCAAGAGUAAGAGAAACUUCCUAUAUCUACCAGAAUUCCUGAUACAAAUAAUAAAAUCACAGAAUUUGAGAAAUGAAAGGAAUUUCAGGAGCUAUCAAGUUCAACCCAUACAUGAAAGGAAUUCCCACUGUAAAAUAUCUGAUAAUUGGUCAUGCACUCACUGCUUGAAGACCUUCAGAGAAAAGUAACUUCAGAGAAAAGUUCUUCCCAUUUUUUGGACAGAUCUAAUUUUUAGCAAGUUUUUGCUUUUCAUCAAGUCUAAAUCAGCCUAUGUAUACCUUCCAACUAUUCCUCCAGAUUCUACCUUCUGUGGACAAAAACAAUGAAUCUAAUCUGUUUUCUAUAUGAUAAUUGUCAAGUAGUUGAUGAUUUGUUAACUUGUCCUGUCUCUCUAAGUCUUCUCUUCUCCAAAAUUAAUAUUUUAAGUUUCUUCCACUGAUCCCCAUAUAAAAUAUUGAGGCUCUUCACCAUUCUUUGUUGAUCUCUUUUGGACAGUCUUCAGUUUUUUAAUGUCUUUCUUGAACAAUGGAACCCAUAAAUAAAUACAAUAUUGCAGGUGAGAUUUGAUGAAAGCAGAGUACAGUAGAACUAUACUUUCCUAUUCCUGCAAAAUAUUCCUCACUUAAUGAAACUCAAAUCAACAUUAGCUUCUUUUGUUAUGAGUUCACACUGCCAACUAUAUUGAGCUUUCAGUUCACUAAAAUAGUCACAUCAUUUCUUUCAAACAACUGCCAUUUAACCAUGUCUGCUCAUCUCAUAGUUGUGAAAUUACUUUUUUGUACUCAAGUGCAAGACUUUACAUAUAUUUCUAUUAAAUUUUAUUGUAUAUUCAUCUCAUUCCUCUAAACUGUCAGGAUUCUUUUGGAAUAUGAGCUGUCAUUCAGUGUUUAUUCUCUCCAGCUUUGUGUUAUCUUCAAAUCUGAUGAGUAUACCAUCUAUGCUUUGAUUCAAGUCUUUGAUAAAACUAUGGAGCAGAAAAGGGUUAAUCACAGAUUCCUAGAUUAUUCUAAUGCAGGCUUCCUGUUAUGUUGAUAUCAAGUCAUUAAAAAUUAUUCUUUAAGACCAGCCACCCAGAAAGUUCUGAAUCCAACUGAUCACAUUAUUAUCUAAUCCAUUACCUCUUCAUCUUCUCCCUAAAAAUGACAUGAGAUACUUUAUCAAAAACUUUGCUCCCAGAACUUUCAAAGAUUAAGAGUUAAGAAUUUCCAGUUCACCAAGUGCAGACUACCAAUCAUUUCAGGGAGCCCUUCUGGAGAGAGUAAAAAGCAUUUGUUUCUCUUGCUUCUGUUGAAUUAGCAAAAAACAGUGAAGAUUGUCAUUUCUAAGUUAUUUCAUUUUAUUAAUUAAUUCAUUUUUAUAGUCUGAAUUUUGAAAGUAACAUUUUUCUCUAUUCAUAGAUUCUGAUAUUCACAAGGUACUCAGUUAAGGCUAUAGAGAAGGGACAAACAAAAUUCCAUUUUCAGAGUUCUCAUUUUAGGCUUCAGAAAACCAGAAUUUUGACAUAACCUAAAUCUGCAUCCAUAGAUAACAAUGACCCUGCAGCAUUUAGCUAAGAAGACUAAAGACUGGGAAGAAAGUUUCCUUCUGGUUAAAACCUAGGUGAUGAUUCCCCAGGGCCUUUGGGAUAUUAGGUAGGCUACUUUAUUCAUUUCAAACUGCAGGGAAUUCAUAUUUUGCCAGUGUUUGUUUAACCAUGCUUAUCUUAAGAGCUUUAGAGGAAACUAAUGUACUGAAUAGAGAUGGUCCUGAAGUCAGGAAUACCUGAGUUCAAAUCCUGCCUCGUACACAAAACUGACUCGAUGACUGAUCAAAUCAACCUCUGUACUCUAGGAAAUCCUCUUAAAAUUAUAACUUGUAGAAAAGAUAUUGAACUGUAUCAUCAUUGGAGGAUGUAUCCUCUACCGAUAAAAUCACAGUUCUAUUCUUUUUCUCAAAAAAUACAGAUAUUUUGUUAACAAAAGCUUUCCCUAUAUGCAUUUGUAAAACAAUCUACUGUAGAGCCUUCCCAACUAUAUUUGUGUAUCUAGCCUGUCUCAAGGGAUUCCACAAGUAGACAUGUCCCAAAUAUCCAGAUUGAAGUAUACCAAAGUCCAGGCUUUCUUUUAAGCUUAGGAUCCUGUUCAUAGUUCAUUAAAUAUUAUCCUAAUCCUGACCCUGAACAGUCAAGCAUUCCUCAUGGUGGGCUUUGAUAGUUCUUGAGCUUUCACGACUAAGAAGCUAUUUUGGCAAGAUCAUUAAUCUCCUUACAUGGUAUAUAUAUAUAUAUCUCAAAUAUUGCCAUCUUCCAUCACCAUACAAAAAGGACCUCUUGGGGCAGCUAGGUGGUAUAGUGGAUAGUGCAUCAGCCCUAAAGUCAGGAGGACCUGAGUUCAAAUCUGGCCUCAGAUACUUCCUAGCUAUGUGACCCUGGGCAAAUCACUUAACCCCAAAUGCCUCAGAGAAAGAAAAGAAAGAAAGAAAGAAAGAAAGAAAGAAAGAAAGAAAGAAAGAAAGAAAGAAAGAAAGAAAGAAAGAAAGAAAGAAGAAAGAAAGAAAGAAAGAAAGGAAGGAAGGAAGGAAGGAAGGAAGGAAGGAAGGAAGGAAGGAAGGAAGGAAGGAAGGAAGAAAAUGUAAGAAAAGGAAAAUAUGAGUCAUAUGAAUUUGAGAAUAAUGUGUCAAGUGGAUCAAACCUCUGCUUUCAUCCAUUCAUUUGUAGAUGUAAAGAUUUCCAAAUGAGAAAGUUCCAAGAGAAAGAAUGUAUGUAUAUAACUCUGCUUGUGUGUGUAUAAUGAAGUUUAUGAAGAAUGCUGUAGUCCUCAUCCACCAACAAAGCACAAGGAAAUGAGAUCUAUGCAGGAAAAAACCAGCAAUGACUUAACACUUCCAGUCAAACCUUAGCAUAGGAGGGGAGUAGAGGCAAGUUGUAUUUGUUCACCAUAAUGCUAAGAAACAUUUGCAAAACCCCAAUCCCAUUCAGGGUUGCCUUUCCCUGGUUUCAUUUUGGGGAUAGCCUUCCAGAGUAUGAGGUCAUUCACGUUUUGCUUCCCAUUACAACAUUUAUAUCUUGAAUAAGUUGUUGUGAUAUAAGGACAAUCAAGUUCAGACUACUGUAAGGAUUCCUGAUGAGAUAGAAGACCCUCUCCCAUCCAGAACAUGUAAGAACGAGUUGAGAAGGUCAAGAACAUGGCUACAAUCUUGACCAGGACUAAUAGUUAAAGGUGAAGCUGUAAACAUCAUUGAAUUCUGUAGAGCAAUCAGCAGUUGAGUCUUCUAUUCCCCCCCCCCAAAAAAAAAAGUUUAGAAGGCUGUUGUUUCCAUAAAAUUUCUUUUAUAAAGACUAAGGGUUUUGAUUUAGUAUUUUAUGAUUUUCCUAGUCAAAUAUCACAUAUGACUUUUCUUUGUUUUGACCUUGCUGUAGCAACAUGGUAUAGUAGAAAGAUUCCUAUUUAUAAAGUCAUUUUGAAUCAUCCCACUUCUACUGCCUAGAAUACUCCUUCGAAACAAGUGUCACUGACCUUUGUUAUCUAGGCCUAUAUAAACCACAUUAAGACUGAGAUCUUCAAUGGCAGCUUUCUUAGCCUCAAUUUCACCAGAUAAUUGCAGACAAUCUACCUUGGUUUGACUGUAGAGAUCUAACCAGAGAGCUCAAGCUGCUAUAUUUUUUAAUGAUUAUAUAAUAGAAAAUUUGCACUGAUCAAGUUAUUCUCAUUACUUCUUGGCUCCCUACUAGGUAGAAAAACUGAUUCAAAUCAUCACCUGUCUGUCUGUCUCCUCCGGUUUCACUGCAGGAUUCCAUUCAGAAAACAGGAAAACAAUAGCUUCCCACGUUUCUCUUUUGGUGUAAUGCAAAUCUACCUACCUAGAGCACAGACAGGAUUACAAGAGUAGUGACCGGUCAAUCUUUUUGUAGUAUCAGUGCCAAUUUAAACUUUUUCAAAGAAAAUUGAUUGGUCUAAGGUAUCUGCAGGGACUCAUGGGAGCCAAAAGAUAUAGUACCUAACCUAUUCUACUUUCCAUUUUGACUAAUGCAUUUAUUUACAAGAGAUAACAUAAAAUCAAGUUAUUCCUAGAGUUUUGUAAAGUUAAUGUUUACAAACAGAUAAAUAUGUUAAAUAUUCUCUUCUUUUUCUUAUAACUUAUGAAUGUUAUCCAUGAUAUCCAAUAGGACUAGGGGAAAAAACAUCAUAACGUAUAUACAUUCCAGUAUUUUGUUUUAUUUUAUAUUACUAGAAGGACUCUAUUUAAAAAGAAAUAUCAGCAUCUAAACUGUUUCCUAUUUUCUCUUCAUUAUGAAAUCCCUCUUUUUGGAGAAAGAUGGAAAAGCUAAAUCUCUUUACAAUGAAGAUUACCCCCAAUAAAAUCUCUCAAUAAUCAGAUUCCCAAAGUCAAGUCAACAUCAUCUCUCUCUCUCUC